AUGAGAUUGGUGUCAGCGAAAGAUAGGCGUAAAACGUUGAUCCUUGCAGCCGCCGUUAUUGUGGUCGGAAUCGCUUUCCUUAUCGCAGGGAUAAUCUUGCUCGUCAAAAAAAAUGGCUCUCAUUGUAAAGCACAGUACGAAACUAGUGCUUUACACAAGAGGCGUGUACAAAGAUGCGAUUAUUCAGAAGAAGCCAAACGAUAUGGACUUGAAGCUUUUUUGCAAAAAGUGCAAGACAAAACUUUUGACGUGCAACCGUUUUUAAUUUCACUUAAGCCUAAAGUGACUGCAUCGGAGGUCAAACUUAAGUACAAGGCGUAUAAUCCGAGGCCUUCAAAUCUUCUUCACGUAACAGAUACAGCGAAAGCUCUUAUGCGAGAGCUAAAUGGUAUGGCCAUCAACGAAGGCAAGCUUAAGUCAAGAGAAAGAAAAUCUCUGGCACAAGUUCGACAUUUUCUUAGGCACAUCUUUGGAGCGCCCUUCGAUGGAAACUACUACUUUGGAGACUAUCUUCUUGGACCGAAUGUGUUCUGUUGGCAGCCAAUUUGCUCGGUGGGGGUUUUGUUAGAGAAGACCCUUCCCUUUUUCAAACCCUCGGACGUACAAGGAUUGAAUAUUCUAAUCGAGAAGUUGUACGAAGUAAACCAAACAUUUCAAAUCUAUAUCGAUAACUUGCGCUACGGAGUGAAAGCUGGAAUGGUGCGUAGCUUGGAGGAAUGUAAGGCAGGACUCGACGCUAUGCAAACUUACUACUUCAAUAUUUCGUUUAGCGGACCAAGCGGCGUUUUCAACGAGACUUACAUGCAAGGAAUCUUAAAAUCAGAAUUUUUAUCCAAGUUGGAGAAUAACUCAGACCUGUUGAAAGAGUGGCGUGAGAAGCACGCGGGAAAGACUCCGUCAGAAUCACUCCGGGAGAGCGUCUUGGAAUACGUGGGAAGGCCAGUUUACGAAUUACUAAGAUACCUUAAGCAUGAACACAUGCAACACUGUGUGCCGAGCAGUGUGUCCAGCGGUUUGUCCUUCCUCCCACUCUCCUUCGUGUAUGUCAAUGGAACUGCAGACAUUAACCGAAAAACCACAAAAGUGCUACCGUCAGGAGAGCCUCUGAACGGAUCGCGGGCUUACGUCGAAAUUCUUUCAUACUUCACUACCACAAAUAAUACCCCGGAUGAGGUGCACGAACUUGGAUAUAAGAUGCUUCACAAACUUUACCCUGAGGCCCUUGAAGUAGCGCGUCAAUUCACCGGGCAAAACAACAACAAUACAGCAAAGGAAGAGUUCGUAAAAAUGACGAAUCACUCUGAUAUGUUUUUCAACGACCAACCCAUUCCGGCUCAUGAGUCUGGCAGCACCGCGUUCAGGCUUUGCAGUUCAGUGGAAGGCGCGAGGCAAAACUGUCCACAUCGCUGGCGAGCCAUUCAGCGAUGGUUCACAGAAACAAGAGAGGUCAUGAGUAUGUUAGAUCCAAAAACUUCCCAGAUGUUCUACUUCACGGGAAAGAAACACACAACUCCGAACUGUCCGCUGGAAAUAGUGCCGGAUUUCAAUCCUUCAGCUGGCGUAGCGAGUUACUUGAAAAGUGACAGCAAGUGCAGUAGGAACGCGAAGUACUUCAUUCCUUUCUUUCUUGAGAGGCCUGGGCCUAGGUAUAUGCAAUGGAGCGUGAACGCUCAUGAAGCGAGACCAGGGCACCACACUCAGCGACAAGGUUAUGCCGAACAUUUUCAGGACUCUUGUGGUGGUAUAAUCAGGUGGUUGUCAUCAGUGACAUCAUACACCGCGUUCGUAGAGGGCUGGGCCCUAUAUGCUGAGAACCCACUCAUUGCAUAUGAUACAGAUGUAUACGAAGGGCAUCCGCUGUACAAAUAUGGAAUGCUCAAGUCUCAGGAUGCACUGAAUAUGUUCCAGAAAUACGUAUGGGAUGAUAGCGACAUCACACUGAAAGAAGUCACUAGAUACCAGAGCGCGCCCGGUCAGGCAACCUCGUAUAUGGUUGGUCAACUACACAUCAUGAAACUGAGACAAUAUGCUAAAAAGAGACUGGGAAAGAAUUUCAAUUUGAAAGAUUUUCAUUUCCACGUGUUAUCCCAGGGGUCUGUGCCGCUCGAGUUUCUGGAGCAGAGCAUUGAAGAGUACGUAGAUUGUACGCUUAACAAACAAAAGGAUGGCUGUGAUGACAUACUCGCUCUGCAGUCUCCAGAUUUUCAAGAAAACGGUGAUGAUAGUAACAAACGAGAAACUCUGGAUACCCUAGAGAGAAAACUGUAUUUUUGAUAGUUUUUUCCUCGUUUCUUUUCAUUUGCCGGCUUUUAGAAUCGACAGGAAGAUGAUUUGGAUAUUUUUGUUUAACUUGUUCACUGUUUAAAUUUGUUUGUAUAGGAUGCUUGUUCCAUUGUGAUGGAAACGGAGUGUUUAUCAUAAUAUUUACAACCUGUUUACCGAAAUUAAUGGGAAAACUAUAACCAGGAAUAAAUCUAAAACUAAACGUCAAGA